UUAUUUCAUCCCCACCCAUCAAAUACCCGUUACAACGGUACCUGUUUUAAAAUAUCUGUUUAUUGUUUGUUGAUCUUACUUCAAGAAUUUUGUUAAAAAAAAAAGAAAAAAAUGCAGCAUUUCUCACCAUAGUCCACAAAAAUUCCACUGUAUAAUGACUCAGCCUCCUGUGUUAACAGUUGAUAGAGCUAAAGCUGCUAUUCGAGAUAUUAUUACAACAUAUUCUUUGCCUGAACAUGCAGCUAGGUUAGCUGAAGCUAAGAACAAUGCUGGUAAUGACAUGUUACUACAUAUGCAACUAGUUUUUCCACUUGCUACUCAAAUUCAGCAAGAUGUAAUUCCGAAUUAUGGCUUUUCUUCUGAUAAAGAUGGUUUGUUGCAGUUCACUCAAACCAUUAAAACAUUAGCUAAAGAAAAUCCAGAUGUAGCUCAGCUAUUUGAAGAAUUGAAGUCAUAUCUUAUACCUUCAUUAGUUUUGCCCUUUUCACAAUCAGGGUCUAGUUAGCUUAUAAAUUAUACAUUUAUUGUUUUAAUAAAUUAUUUAUUUUUAUCUUUUGAA